UUUGGUAAAACUAACGUUAAAUAAUUUUAUUACAUUUACAAAUGAAUUCAGCACCAGUAGCAGAUAUCAACCCGAAGAUAUUACUAGCCUUGGCCAAGCAACAGAAGAUGCUCAUUGAUAGUCCCCAAGAAGGCAUAACACUGAUCCAAAAUCCUACAGAUGUAACCGACAUCAAAGCUGAUAUUGAAGGCCCAGUCGACACCCCUUAUGAAGGAGGUAUUUUCAGAUGAACCCUAAGAAUCGACAGUGAAUUCCCAAGAGUUGCCCCCAAGGGAUACUUCUUGACAAAGAUUUUUCAUCCGAAUGUUGCAUCGAACGGAGAUAUUUGUGUUAAUACUUUGAAGAAAGACUGGAACCCUGCCAAAUGGUCUCUCAAGCAUAUCCUUGGAGUUAUCAGGUGUCUUCUAAUAAUUCCUUUCCCUGAAAGCAGCUUGAAUGAAGAAGCUGGGAGACUAUUCAUGGAUGACUAUGAAGAGUAUUCCCGGAUGGCCAAGCUCAUCACCAAAAUACAUGCUUUGAAAUCUAAGGAAUCGGAUGAAGUGGAUGAGAAUGAAAAUACCAUCUUCCCCAAGGCUGCCCCAAAGCUUUUAAAAGAAGAAACCAAAGAGAAGUUCAUCAGCAGUAUCAAGUUCCAAUACAGGCAGGCUUCGAACAGAGAUGUAAGUAUGGAAGAAGAGGAUAAGGUCAAGGGGCCGCUCCAGAACUUUAGCAAUAUGAUGAACUCUAAUGCUGGUAACUCUGAAGAGACUAUGAAUAUAACAGAGGUACCUUCUUUUGCAGCCAAGUCCAGCAAGGUUAGCGGAGCUUCGCUGUUUGGAACGAAGACUGAUGCAAAUGUGAAGAAGCCGAAGAAUAAAAAGAAGAAGGUUAGAAGGAUUUAA